AUGGUUCUCCACCAGUUCGAUUACAUUUUUGCCAUUGGCACCAUCUUUGCUUUCCUCGACGCGUGGAACAUUGGUGCCAACGAUGUCGCCAACUCGUUUGCGACGUCGGUGUCGUCCCGAUCCCUGACUUACCUCCAAGCUAUGGCCAUUGCCUCAGUCAUGGAGUUUGCUGGCAGUGUCGCCGUCGGAGCCCGCGUGGCAGACACCAUCCGAACCAAGAUUGUUGACCCAGACUUGUUCGAGGGCACCCCCACCAUGCUCAUGUUGGGCAUGACGUGCGCCGUCAUCGGCUCAUCCGUCUACCUCACGAUUGCGACUAAGCUUGGUUUGCCUGUUUCGACGACUCAUUCAAUCAUGGGUGGUGUUAUUGGCAUGGGUAUUGCCUCUGUUGGCGCGAGCGAUAUCACCUGGUGGGGUGGAGAUGUCAACUCGGGAGUUGUUUCGGUCUUUUUGGCCUGGAUCAUCGCCCCGUUCUGCUCUGGGGCUUUUGCGGCCAUCACUUUCCUCAUCACCAAAUAUUUGGUCAUGCUCCGCCAGAACCCUCUCAUGAAGGCGCUGGUUUCAAUCCCCAUCUACUUUGGUAUCACGUCCGGCCUCAUCACCAUGCUUAUCGUCUGGAAGGGCGGUUCCACGCGUAUCCAUCUCAGUGACCCCGAGACUAUCGGUGUGAUCUUCGGGGUUGGUGCUGCGGUCGCCCUGUUGGUAGCCGUGUUUUUCUGCCCCUGGCUCUAUCGUGUCUUGCUCAAGGACGACUGGGAGCUCCAAUGGUACCACGUUUUCCUAGGACCCCUUCUCCUCCGGCGACCGGACCCCGCCCCGGCGCCGGAGGGAUAUCAGGCAGUCAGGGAUUACUACCGCGGACACAAGACCAUGGACGAGUUGAAGGCGUACCGCGAGGCACAAGCCCACGCUCAUCCCAAAGACGAAGAACAACUGGUGCACGGUUCGGAGAAGGGUGUGCCCGUCAGCGAGAACGGGAAGGCAUCUUCGGAGGAGAGCCACGUCCCCGAAAAGAACCCAGAUAUGCCCCAGAUCAUCGGCCCCCGACCCGAAGGAGCUGCCUUUUCUCCCGCCGUCCUGUUCUGGCAAUUUAAGCGCGUCUUCUUCCGCGGCGUGGAGCAAGACAUUAUCGCCCAGCAGAAGAAGGCCAGCAUCCUCAGCGGCGACAUCGAGGCCACCCACGCCUAUGUCGAGCACUACGACAACAAGGCCGAGUACCUCUAUUCGUUCCUGCAGGUGCUGACAGCCUCGGCCGCCUCCUUCACCCACGGCGCCAACGACGUCUCCAACGCCAUCGGACCCUACAGCACCAUCUACCAGAUCUGGCGGACCAACGAGCUGGGCAGCAAGGUCCCCGUGCCGUACUGGAUCCUGGUCUUUGGCGGUGCGGCUAUCGUAAUCGGUCUGUGGACCUAUGGGUACAACAUCAUGCGCAACCUGGGUAACCGCAUCACCCUGCACUCUCCGUCGCGCGGGUUCUGCAUGGAACUGGGCGCCGCCGUCACCGUCAUCAUGGCCACCCGACUGAAACUCCCCGUCUCCACCACCCAGUGCAUCACCGGCGCCACCGUCGGCGUCGGCCUCUGCGCCGGAACCUGGCGAACCAUCAACUGGCGCAUGGUCCUCUGGAUCUACGGCGGUUGGGUCAUUACCUUGCCCCUCACCGGUAUCAUCUCGGGUUGUCUGAUGGGCAUCAUCAUCAACGCUCCCCGGUGGGGGUUGACGGUGUAA